AAAAAAUAUUUUUAAAAAUUUAAAAAAAAAAAAAAAACGAAAAUUUGGAAAAGAGUAAUAAAUGAAUAAAAUUAUCUUGCAGUGCAACACAAGCCGCAAAAUAACAUAAAUUAUUGUCGUGCUGUGCAAAGACAACGCGAAGAGAGAUAAGAUACUAUUUUUUACCACAAAGCGCUUCAAUUUUUCCUUUUUUUUUUGUUUAAAUGUCGUUAACCGUUUUAUAGACAGUAAACGGUCGGUCGAUCAUUAGUUUGGUUGCGUUUUUUGUUUAACAAAAAAAGAACGCAAAAAAUCGAAAUCGUCGUAAGAUAAAAAAAAUUAUUUAUGUUUUCAAUUAUUUGAAAAAUCAAUAACAAGUAAACCUUCGGAACAACAUUAACUACUAGAGUGGUUCUAUGCUUUUUUGUGUUUUUUUUCCUUUUUUUUUUCUUAAAUCAAGUCCGAGCAAAACAACAGCAACAACAACUAAACAAAGCGAAAUCAAGUCAAUAUCAACAACAUAAAUAAAUUACAACAAACUCUGGCAGUUGCUUGUCUAUAAUUGUGUCACUAACUAAUACAAUAGCAACAACAGCGAUAAUAAUAAUAAUAAUAAUAAGAAUAAUAAUAAUAAUAACAACAACAUCGAGAUAGCAAAAGCAACAGCAGCAGUAUUUGAAAAGAACUUUUUGGCAAAUAACACAAAACAGCUGUUUGUACUGUUGUUGUUUACGUAGAAAAUUCUUCUAUACACAGAUUUAAAAAAAAAGUGGUUUAUUAGCUGCUCCUUAAGCUCCUUAUUUCUAAAAUGAAAACGUUAUUUUAAACAACAAAAAGCGCAGAGAAAACACGCUGCACCCGCUGGUUAAUUAGCAUAACGCAUAAAGGAAGUCUUGGAAUUUUUUAAGCAAAUUAUUCCAAAUGAAAUCUAACUGCAUAGCGACCAAAACAGAUCAACACAAAUACGAUUCUUUUAAGCUUUAACAGUAAAAAGUGCCAAUUUUCUCCUAUAAGUGUCGCGAACGGAACUAUGGAUUUACACCAUUUCCUCGUAAACGUAGCAAUAAUAUAUUUCAUUUCAUUGGGUUAUUUCCCCGAUGACGUUGAGGCUGCCAUGUCAAUAGCCAAUCAGGAUAUAGAACGUUAUUUUCGUUCAGCUGCUGCCAAUGCCAAUACCAGCCAAACAUUUCCAAAUGAAGAACGCAUUACGAUGGAUGUGUACACCUAUGCAUUUCUAAAUUAUUCUUAUAAAGAAAAUAACAUCAUACAACAGGUGAACUUCAACGAGGAGAAGGCACGUUAUGGCGAAGGGAAAAUACUUACUGUACAGGGCCGAUUGAUACAUGUUAGUGCCAGUAACGAUGUUAACGAUGAUACAGCCUGCACAAGUAGUAUACUAGGAACCAAAGGACAGCCAAUACCUUAUGGUGCAUGGAUAGCAUUAGUGCGACGCGGUCAUUGCACUUUCGAGGAGAAAGUGAAAAAUGUCUACGCCAAGGGAGCAGCAGGCGUAAUCAUCUAUAAUGAUAAGCCAGUAGUAAAUUUGGAGAAAAUGCAAAUAAAAGGCAAAUCACGUAACAUAACAGCUGUGAUAACAUACCUGGAAAUUGGUUCGGAAAUGGCUAUGCUCCUAGAUCGUGAUAUUGAAGUGAUUGCCGAUAUAAUAGAGGGUCGCAGUGGCAUGCGGCCCAUUAACACUUUUACUCGUUUCUCUUCUAGAACGUCAAUUCUAUUCGUGGCCAUUUCCUUCAUUAUAUUAAUGGUUAUUUCCCUGGUAUGGCUGAUUUUCUAUUAUAUACAAAAAUUCCGCUAUAUGCAAACUAAGGAUCAACAAUCGCGCCACCUAUGUUCAGUAACGAAAAAAGCCAUAAUGAAGAUUCCCACCAAAACGGGUAAAAGUACUGAUGAAAAAGAUGCUGAUUCUGAUUGUUGUGCCAUCUGCAUAGAAGCAUAUAAGAUAUCAGAUUUAAUACGUGUUUUACCCUGCAAGCAUGAAUUUCAUAAGAGCUGCAUAGAUCCGUGGCUUCUAGAACACAGAACAUGCCCUAUGUGCAAACUGGAUGUAUUGAAAUUUUAUGGUUAUGUGUUUUUAGGUAGCGAAGAAAGUAUUUUGGAAUAUGAGCCCGAUAGACCACGUAACAAUUCUGUUACGAACGUGGCCAAUCAGCAAGCCGCAACACAAAGACAAUCAUCCGUUUUGGCCGAUUUAAUACGCAGCCGCGAAUUUGUUAUGGAUUUCCCGCGAGUUUUCGUUUAUAAUACUAGCUCAGCUAUUAAUCGCAGGCACCGCGAUAAUCGAUUUCCCGGCGAUUUACCCGAAAGAUCGCAAUCAUCGAUGUCGUUUUCUAAUGGGCGAGAUUUGAUGCCGGUGGUAACGAAUAAAUUAGAAGAACAGCACGGUUUGACAAAAGUAUACAAAACCGAUAAUAAAAUGGAACUGCAAGAGAAUUUUCUUACGAUUAAGCCUGAGUCAGUGCGAAGACGACGCACUCGCUCAGCUGAUGGGCGAUAUGCCAGCGUUACUUACAAUGUUAGAAAAUCGAAUCCAAUUUCAAAAGAUAAUCCGAGUAUGGAAAACGAAAAAGAAAAAAUCGCAACAAACGAAUGUGAGAUAGCUUCCUUAAACAACUCGACAACAUACGAACACGUAAAAAGAUGUCCAUCGGGAAUUAGCUUGAGUCUCUCAAACGAACAUGCUAUCAAUAAACGUAGAAAUUCGGUCGAUUCUGAGGCGACCUUGGUUGCUGAAGACAUCGCAGACAAUGAAGGAGCAUGUGGCAACUCAAGAGAUGCUUCCUACGUUACUAUACAAAUUAAUGGCGAAGACUUGGAUUAAUUUGUUACUAUUGUUUGUUCCUUUAAUUUUAUUUAAUUUAAAUGAAUAUUUAUUUAAUGUCACUUUAUUUAACACUUAAUAUAUAUAAAAUAUUGCUGAAGAAUAUAAAUUAGUAAAGACAAAUUAUAAUCUA